UUGAGAUACUUUUCGGGUUCCAAUGAGAACGGACUUCGGGCUUCGAAUCACGAGUCGGUUGCCGACUCGUAUCGGCGGCUGCUGGCAGUCCGAUAUAAACUCUCAAACUGUACGGUUUGGUUUGGCAGCGCAGCUGAAAAGCGGAAAACUGAAGAGGAAAAGCGGUGGAAGAGGGGAUCGAGGAAGGGCAGCGCGUCGUGUGUUUUCAUCCUCUUUCUGCAAUAAACAAUUGUUGUUCUACAAGUUUAAACAAUUAAAAUCUGUGGGCUAAAGUGCAAUACAAAAAUCGAACAUUGAAGCAUUCCAAUUAAACUAACAAUCCAAGUGCAAUACAAAUAAUCCAGCUAAAAAUCGACGAGAAUAUUUACAGAAGCUGUGUUCAUAAAUAGAUUUGCCCAAACAACGCAAAACAAACCAAUAAAAGCAAAUCGAAUUAACUGUAUAAUCAGCAAAAAAAUUCAAUACACAUAAAAGCAUAACAAAUAAGAAUAAACUUAAUAAGCAUUUAAAAUAACAAUACCAAUUUUGUGCAAUUUCACGAAUAAUAAUAAACAUAUACAAAAAUUAAAAACCUUAAAAAGGUUAAUCGAUUUUUGCUAACUACUUUUGCGCUAAAUCAAAAAUAAAAACCUAACACUUUAUAAACUUCAAUUAGCUAAUUGUUAUAAAAUAAAAUUUAUAGAAUUACCAGUAAAUAAAUAAAAUACAAUUUCAAAAGCUACAAGGUUUUUAAAGAAUAUAUUAAAUUGCUAAACAAAUAUUAAAUCAGCUUUAAAUGAAUUUUGCUGAGCCGGAUUACGUUUGAAAUACACGCAGCAGAAUUUUCACAUUUAUAGACAAAGUAGCGCAUAAUAAUUAAACUGAAAACAUGCUAAAAGUGGCCUAAAUCACAGAAACGGGGCAGACAGAGUUCGGAAAACGGAAUACCAUGGUGCGACUGAAUGUUGCAGAGCAACACAGCAGCAGCAACAACAACGGCAACAUAAGCAACAGCAGCAUAAGCAACACCAACGGAACAAUAAUAACUAGCAACAAUAAUGCGGGUGGCAGUUGCUCCUCGACAACCUCAUCAACGACCAGUUUGAAUAGCAAUCCGGCCUCGCCCGCCUGCACUAUGGUGAUGUUGCCGGCACCGCAGCAACACUUGUUGGUGCAGCAGCAGCAGCAGCAGCAGCAGCAGCAGCAGCAACAGCAGCAGCCGCAGCAACCACCGCCACAGUUGCAGCAGCAACAUGGCCCGCAGCAACAGCAGCAACAGCAGCAGCAGCAACACUCUCCCUCGGAUGGCGGUUCAUCGAAUUGCUCGCUGCCGGCAUCGCCGCCUUUGCUGCAGCAAACCGCAACUCCGCCGCAGGGCGCCCAGAUUGUGCCGCCCGUGUGCGCGCUGCACCACCCACAACAGCAGCUGGCCUUGAUGGCGGCCAUGCAGCACCACCACCACCUGCCGCCGCCCCAUGCCCUGCACCACGCCCCACUGCCGCCACCGCCCCCGAAUCUACCGCCACCCCACGAAAAUGGCCACGGCGGCGGUGGGUCCGGCGUGGCGGUUGGUGGUGGUGGCAUUUCGCCCAACGGCGGCGGUGGCUCCUCCGCCAGCAGCGUGAGCAGCCUGUCCAGCGGCAGUGGCGGUUCCGGAGGUCAGGUGAACGGUCUGAGUAACGGUACGAAUGGCAUUGCGCCAUUGCCGCCGGGUCAGCUGUAUAUCCAGUAUCCGGGCGAGUUCUAUCCGCCGGAAUACUACAUCGCACCGCAUCCGCACGAGGGCAUCUGUCCGCAGCAUCCGCACCACCCACACCCGCACCACCACCAGCCCAUGUGCGCCAUGUCCACGGAAUACGGUAAGCCACAAUCAAAGAUGAUUACGUAUACGCACUGUUUCGACCUGAAGUGUCCCGCCGUUCAGAUGGUCUCCCAGAACCGACCUCCACCACCGAUGCCGGUGCCCGUCCAGGUGCCGCAGUACGUCAACGAGAACGGAACGCUGACCCACGUGAUGCUCUCGCCGCAGCAGUACCAGCAACUGCAUCCUGGCCAGGGACACCUCCAUCCAGCGCCAUUCAUAAGCGCGAACGGCACUUCGCAUUUCUACACUCCGGUGGCGGGCUAUCCUGGCCCAGGACCUGCGGGCAAUGGUCCACCACACUAUCACUUGCCGCCACCACCGCCGCCGCAACAGCAGCAGCAGCAGCCACCACAACAACCACAGCAGCAGGCGCCACAAGGACCACCACCGCCACAGCAACAACAACAACAGCAGCAGCAGGUGGCACCACCUGCGGUCCAAGGAGCACCAAGCACUGGAAGUGUAGGAGCUGCCCAAGGAGCACCAGCCACUGCGACAGCCACCCAUACACACGCCCAUUCGCACUCCCACUCACACGCCCACUCGCACACACAUCCCCAGCCACAUGCACAUUCCCCGCACUCGCCAUCGCCGCCCAAUUAUCGGGAUGAACGCAGCCAGCGGCAGCACAACAAGCUGCUCCGGAAGCUGGAGAAGCAGCGGGAGUCAAAUCCCCCGCAUUCGCCAUCUCCACGUCGUGCCAACGAACUGAAUGGUCACAAUAAUAACAACAUUCCUCCGGGUGUGCCCCUGCCCGGUCACCUCAAUAACCACCAUCAUGCAGUGAACCAUCAAGGACGUCGCCUGCCGCAGCAGCACCAAGGGCAGGCCCAUCAGGUGGCACAGCAGCAACAGUCGCAGGCCAGGAACGGGAAUCCGCAGCAUCCCCAGAGAGCCGGCAGCAGUGUGGGUGGCGCCAGCUCCGUGGGAACUUCCGAGGAUGGCGAGGAUAACUCCAGUCUGGCCGGCGAUGAUGAGGAGGAGUACCAUCGCGAGAACAGCAUCAUUGAGCAAAUCUCAGCUAUUGAAAAACCUGAGGUAAUCGAUGUGACUUCGCGGGCGGCCAAGAUAAUUUGGGAGAGUCCAGCCAUUGCGAAUACAGUGACGGUGGAUAUGCGGCAGCUCCGGUACCAAGUGCUCCUCUGUGAUUCUGGAAAGCAGUGCAAGUACAAGAGCUUGUACCAAGGCGAGGCCUACGAGUGCAUUGUGCAAGACCUGCAGCCGGGUCAGGAUUACCUAGUCCGCUUGCAGGUGCACUACCAAAAACUUACGGGAACAGUGAGUGAUCCCACAGAAUUUCGGACGCCACCCUGUGAGCCAGACCAACCGCCGCCUCCGAAACUGGUUUCCCGGACCAAGAACUCCAUAAACCUUCGAUGGGCUGCUCCGGCAGCAAACGGCGCCAGCAUACAGCACUAUCUGCUGGAAUACGAUGAGGGCAGGAUGCCGGGACAACCGCAAAAGUUUGUGGAGUUGGCCAAGAUCAAGGCCAAGCACUAUGUCAUUGGAAAACUGCAGCCGACUACGGUCUACAGUUUCCGUUUGGCAGCGGUUAAUGAAGCGGGUCAGAGUCCCUAUUCUCCGGUGGCCAGCUACAGCACCUCCGGAAAUCCUCCGCCAGUGCCUAAACCACCUCAGCUGCUGGCCAGCAGUUCCAGUUCCCUAAAACUGGGCUGGGAGCGGCGGGCUCAAGAUGGUGACUUCCUGCUGCAACUACAAGAUGCAGAAACAGGUCAUGGUUUCCUCAAUACCUACAAGGGUACAGAGCUGCAAACGGAGUGCCUGCAAUUAAGGCGGGCUAGCAGCUACCAAUUCCGUCUGAGAUCCGAAAACGAAGCCGGUUUUUCACCCUGGUCACCGGAGGUUAGCUACCGCACUUUAGCGGAACGCCCGGGAAGGCCAGGGAAACCGCAUGCCAAGGGAAAGAUUCAUGGCACUCAGUUUAAGGCCCGCUGGGAUGCACCCAGCGAUUCCGGUGGUGCUGAGAUCCUGUGCUACCACUUGGAGUUAAGUGCCGCUGGGCCAGCUUUCGAAAGGAUCUACAGUGGCGCCGAAACAGAAGCCAUGUGCGAAAGACUUCAGCCGGGUACCACAUACGCUCUGCGAGCCUGUUGCGAAGGUCCAGCUGGUCAGAGUCCGUACUCCGAUAUAGGACACGUCACCACGGAGGCGGUGCCACCAUCUGCUCCGCCUCCACCGCAUUGCAGUGAUCCUCCCUCGCCGUACGCCGCCCUACUGAAGCUCCGGCCUCCGGAAUAUAACGGUGGAGCUCCGAUCUUAGAGUUCGAAGCCCAGAUGCGUCGCCUAGAGCAAGUGCAGCCUCCGCAGUUGGUUUACCGCGGCAAGCAGACCUACUUUGUGGCGCAGGAUCUGACACCCGGUGGCAUGUAUGAAACCCAAGUAAGGGCCAUUAACCGGAUUGGCGCCGGUAGCUGGUCCCAAUGGAUGAGAUUUACGGCAGCAGCUGCUGCUCCUGGAGUUCCCGAAGAGUUACGGGUUCUGGUGAAGUCGGCCACCCACCUGGGUGUCAGCUGGCAACCGCCUUUACAGGAGAAUGGUGCCCCAGUGACCAGUUACACCCUAAAAAGUGCCAGCCAAGAAAGAAAGGAAGAUGACUCGGAGGAGGAGGUCAAAGAGCCGCCUAGCUCCGAAUUCCACAACUGCUAUCAGGGACCACAAACCUGCGCUGAACUGAGAAACCUUUCGCCCUACACACGCUACCAUUUCCGCAUCCAGGCGAGCAACUCAGCCGGAACGGGAAACUCCUCCGACGUGAUAAGUGUAUGUACGCCAGCCGCAGUUCCAGGAGCUCCUCAAAUGCAGGGCUAUGAGUUCACCGCCCAGGAGGUCACACUCAACUGGACCCAGCCGGCGGCCCACGGCUCGCCCAUAUGCUCCUACAACAUUGAGUACGGGGAGAGAACUAUCGCCACUCCGGACGCCUGUACACGCUAUACUGUUAGUGGCUUAAUGCCGGAAACCGGCUACAAGUUCCGUGUUCAAGCGGUCAACGCCAUUGGUGCCGGAGCUUUUAGUGCCUAUGCUAAGCUGACCACCCAACCAGCUCCUCCGGCACCACCUCGCUUAGAGUGCAGCGGUGCUGGCCACAAUUACAUAAAGCUCAAGUGGGGUGAGAACGGAAACGGCAAAGUGGUAAACUCCAAUCCGUCUGGAAAUGGAGGCGACUUUACCAAGUACUUUGUGGAGAUGUAUGUGGCCAGAGCUAAGCAGUUCCAGGCCGUCUACUCUGGCACGAAUUGUAUGUGCAAGGUGCACAAAUUGCAAGAGCGAAGCAGCUACACUUUCCGGAUUUAUGCCCAUACCGAUCGGGCUGGCGAUGGGGAUUACUCGGAGGAAUUUGUUUUUGAAACUUCGGCCACUCUGCCGGCGAACAUAAAGCCUCCUCGUGUUGUCCAAGAGGGAAGCGUAUGCCUAAUGGAGCUGCCUGGCCAACUGGGAAUGCAACUAACACUGGAGUGGCAGCACUCAAAGAACUCCUUCAAUGAUCGUGUGGAGUACGAAUUGCAGUAUGCAGUUUUGGGCGCAGCUGAAUUGGAGGGCGAAUCAUUGUCGCCAAAAGGACGCAGCAGCAGUUCCAGUGGCAGCUCAAAUGGAGCGCCAAUUAAUUUGCCCAACCAUGACUACAGGCAAUUGUAUCGCGGUCCAGAGACCAAAUUCACCAUUGACAAUCUGGCAGCUGGUACAUGCUACCAGUUCCGAGUGUGUCCAGUGCGGAUAGCGGCUGGCGGAGAACUGCUGUACGGUCAGCCGUCCAGUCCGUUGCGCUACCAGGUGCCCAGUGAACUGGAUCCUAGCUCGGCGACCUGUCAUCACCACCUGCACGGCUCCACCGCAACACCGGCGAUGGCCUCCAGCCAGAGAAGCAGCCGAAAACUGUCCGCCGGCAAUGGCUCAACCAACGGUCUGCACAUGCGAUCGGUAAGUGCGUCGGCAAUAAGUGGAGCGAGCGGCGUGGGAGCAGAUCCCGUGGCAAUUGGACGACUGCAGCAGGAGCUUUCUGGUUUCAAUGCCUGCGCAGAUCCCCAGCAUCACCAUCAUCAUCAUCACCACCACCACCAUCAGCCGUGCGGUGGCGGCGUUGGAGGAGCCGGUGGAAUAUCCGGGGCAACGGACUCGCACCACCAGCAUCAGCACCACAUGCACCACUCACAUCACAUGCACCACGCCCACCAUCCGCACACCGGAAUGGGCGGUAGCUCUUCGAACUCCAGCUCCUCAACGGCGGCGGCCAUAUCCUCCAGUUUGGCCCAGGCGGGAGGAUUAAGGCGGAUCGUUUGUAAAGUUACUUCACUGUACUCCAACCGGAGGCGUCUUAGCGACCAACAAAAGGCCGUGUGCAUUGUGGUCUCCUUCCUAGUGGGCACUUUCCUGGUCGCCAUGCUCGUAAAUAUGUUGAGGGGCUAAAAAGAUACGAGAUUCAAACAAAUGGCGCCCAACGUGGAGUACCACAGGAUUUGAAGGCAAAACGAAAGGAGAACAGUAAAACAAAACAAAAAACAAAUAUGAAACACUUUAUGUCUCAAAGAAGUGAUUUAAACCAUUAGUUGUAAUUAUGUAUUUUUUAUAUAUUUACCCUAACUGAAUGAAACAAAAUCAAAUUGUAUAUUGUCUAAUUUUAAACAAAACAAACAUAACAGGAAAUCAAAAAAAAAAAAAAAUGGAAUGGAAAGUGGAAUAGAGAAGGAGAGAUGAGAAGGCAAAACCCCAUUAAUUGUAUUAAAUGUACACAAAACCGCAACAGCAUACAUUCACACAGCUAAAUGUUAAAAAUGGUAUUUACUUAUAAUAUUUGUUGUCACAAAACGAAAGUCUAAUCUCCAUAUGUGCUAUAAACAAAAGAGACCAGCCAGCAAAUGAAACUAAAGGCUCACUAGUACUUGUCAAAACCUGUUUCGAAAUGCUUAUCAAGCUUUUACUUUCUGUGUGGCCCCAAAAAAAGUUGCAUUUGCCCUCCCGGCAGGAUUGUAAAAUUCGUGUAUAAUACGUGUAGAACUAGCAUGUGGGCGUGGCCCCGCCCGCAGCGCAUGAUUUUUUUACAAGACUUUUUGUAAAAUGUAUUCCAAGAAAACGAUUGUAGAUAGCUGGUCAACAAAUUGCACCAUCUAAAAACACUCCUAAGUAGCUAAAAAAAAGAAAAAAAUAAACGAAUGGUGGAAGGGGGGCGCUUAUUGAGGCCAGAGGGCAAAUGCAGAACGAAUAAUUAAACGAAAAGUAUGAAUUUAUUAGACUACUAGCUACAAGUAUUCAGUGCUGUAUAAUUGUUUCCCCGAUCGCUCCAAUCUACGCAGAUAUAUAUAUUUAUAUAUAUAUAUAGAUAUAUACAAAACAUAGAUAUAUGUAAAACAGCAGACGCUUCUUUCAUUCUCACAACCUUUUUAUACGAGUUAUUACACAAUUUAUUAUAUACUUAUUAUACGACAAGCAAAAAUUGAGAAAACCAAGGCAACCCCAGUGGGGGCUGCUAUAUUCGCUGGCAAUCCAACUGUUGCAUUUCACAACCAACCAACCAACCAACUAAAUAAAUUCAACCCGACACUUUUCGUAGGCUGUCCCACGUGGCUAUAGCAGCCCCAACUAGGCAAAGUGAUUUAUAUUCCAAUUAUUAUUAUUUUUCUAAUUAAAUAAAUUAAACUAAAUGUAAUUGUUUCUUUCCAUAGCAUUUAAUGUGAAUUAUACAAAACGGAUUCUUAUCUAAAAAACCAAGAAAAAAGAACAAAAAAAUACAAAUACACAAAAGAAAAGAAAACAAAUGUUUGUUCAUGUAAAGCAUAAACAUUUGCUUGAUGCAAAUUAAAAACAUUAUAUAUAUAAAUAAAUAAAUAAACUUAAACAGAAUCAAAUGAU